GUACAACUGCAUGUACUUACAUAUGCACUCCUGAGUAAAAAAUGAUCAGCCUAUGCAGGUUAAACCUUGUUUUCAUUCUUUGGAUCUCAAUGACAUUUGUGUGCUCGGGUUACCCUGUUGUCCAUUCCAUGAGCAGCAAUCCUUUUUAUUUGAAUUGCCAGCUGUAUGGAAAAUCUGAUUACUGCCUCGUCCUGCUGAAUAACUGCCUGGCCAAGGUGGGCAGGAGCGAAGAACUGGCUUUUUUAAAGCCUUACCUGGAGAUGCCUUUCAAUAAAAGGUCCUUUCGCAACGGUGUCGGGUCGGGAAUUAAAAAAACUUCCUUUCGAAGAGCAAAGUCAUAAACAAAUGUUCAAAACCACCGCCCCGAUUUUAGCAUCUGAUGUUUCACUUUGCGCUUAAAAUCAUUUUAAUGCUUUUUCUAUGAUGAAACCAACAGAGACAAAUGUACCCGUGUCUUCAUCGUGUAAACAGAUGUUUAUUUCAAAGAGCACAAGCCAAGUGGAGCAGAUGGGAUUGCUCAGAAAAGGGCUUUGUUUCCAAAGUUACAGUAUCAUAAAGUUUUGUGUCGAAAUGAAUGUUUUCAUUUGGUUAAUUCCCCCUCUUUGUAAAGCUACGGGUUUAAUCAGCUUGCUCUUGCUUAAUACAGAAUUAGUCCUGCGCUGUGAAUAGGUGUGUGCAGGCAGCCUGUCGGGAGGGCUGAUGGUAUUAUUCCUGACAUCCCUCCUCUGCUGGAGCAGCAGACCCAGCGGCAAGGCAAGGCAUAUUUUCCUGUCCCAAAUCACAUUGACUUGAAGCCAACUGCUCUGGCAAUAUUAAUACAGAUUUAAAGUACUA